CAUAACUCCGGCGUGAUUAGAGAUCCCAAAUUUGAAAACUAGUACUAGGAACUACUAACACGUUAUAUAAUUCAGGGAACCGAUGAUAAUGACAAAGCACGGAUAUAUAAUUAGCAAAAGAUAAUUAAACACACACACAUGUAAGUUAGCCAUAACAAAAACCACACUUACAUUCAAGAGUUAUAUCUCCCUUUUUUCCGCUUCUUUCUCUGCAACUCGAUCAAUUGAUGAGACUAUGAGAGCAAUAGUAGGGCCGUCUAUUAGAGCGUGUAAAGAGACCUCUCAUCUUGAAGGAUCUCAAGAUUUGGAAAAUCAUUGUUUACUUUAGUCAUACGAUCUUGAUGCUCAUGUUUUAGGUACUUUUUUUAUUUGUAGAAGUUAAUAUAUUAUUAUAUGAUAAUAAUUUUGUAUGAAUAGUAAAUACUUAUAUUGUAUAGUUAUGUAUAAUUAUUUUAAUUUAAGAGACUAAUGUCAAUUAUCUGCAUAGGUUCUCCAUCCUUUUUAAGACGGCCCUGUUAAAUAGCAAGCGAGGUUGGAUAAGAUGAACGAGGAGGCAAAGGAGUCGUCUGUCUCUAAAGAUAUGGCGAAUGGAGACCGUGCUAGCGUUGUCAUAGAUCAAGGCCUAGACAACUCCGAGGAGAAUAGCGUAAACAUUAACAUGCUAAUGGGGACCUUGAUCAAUUCGUCAUUGGGUUCAAUAAACAUUUUAUCUAGGCACAUAUGGUCGGAAUCCGUUGUGGGAGACUUUCCAUAUAUUAUGAGUACUAUGGGUGCUUUCUCACUCGUAGACCCAAUUAUUGGAGGUUUUAAAGCCGGAGUGGCUUAUGUCGGCAGAAAUCAUGUUGGUGUUCAAUGUGGAUGGCUUAUUGCUUUUGCAAACAACAGUCUUGGAACAGUUGUUUAUGCCGAUUGCGGCCCUUUAAGCAGGUUCAAUAUCAUUAACUGGGCACAAAUCGAAGCCAACUUGAAUCAAGCUAGCUACAUAGCUUAUGUAUCUGACCCUAUGACGGGAACUUCCGUGUAUGCGACUGUGAGCGGCGACGCCAGCAGUGGAAGCGUGCUUACUGCAACCUUCAAUGGUUAAAAAACAUACUCCUACUACGUACAUUGGAUCAAUUAUAAUUACUUGAUCAUGUACUCAUUGUGAUCUACGUACUUGACUUGUGCCGAUCAACAAUAUAUGUUGUAUCAUCUGCAUUCUGCUGCAUGCCUGUUUUGUUACUUAUUGUGCUGUCUUUGUUUGAGUAUGUUCUAAUUUUAUUAUGAGGGGGAGGCACUUGUGAGUUUGUGACUGAGAACAAGGAAUGAAGCUGCAAGUUGCUAUCUACCCUGCAUGUUUCUACCAUGUUAGUUUAACUAAGUCGAACAUAAUAGAUGUUGAAAUAUGUCUUGAAUUAUUUGGCGCAAGAAUAUAACAUGUAAAUGAACAUCAACUUUUCUCAAGCUAAUGGUUGCUUUUCGUGUUGGCUGAAUCCAACUGAAGCAAACAAUAUACCACCUCCAUUUAUUUUAAGUGCGGCACUUUCCUUUUUAGACCGUUUUUAUUUAAUUGUUACACUUUUGCUUUAUCUUUAUAUGAUGACACGUGACAUCAACUUUAUACACUUUUCUACCUCAUAUGUCCCACGAUCCAUUUUAUUAAACCUUCCCACCUACCCCAUUAAUCUAUCUAAUAUUUGAAUGGUUCUUUUUCUUUUUCCAAAAAUUAGAUAUGCUUUAUUGCACU